AUGGAGUCCGAAAUAAGAAUCAAGGGUUCGGUGAUGAAGAGACGGCGGAGUCAGCUCGUUGAAGAAAACCACAUGGCUUCGAAGGAUAAGAUGCUCUCGGAGACGCUGCUGCGCGACAUGAGGCGAUAUGCCGACAUGGACAUAGACGAGCUCCUCGCGAAGCUGAGUGAGGCCGAAGUGCAGCAGCUCACCUCCAUGGUCGACCCCGACGAUUCCAUGAUCCCACCUUCCGAACGAUGUAAUUACCGGACCAACAAGGAACCGACGGGACCUCUCAACCGACAGAAGCUUCUCAAGUUCCUCGAGCAGUACGCCACCGAACAGGAGGACAUUCCGGAACUCGUUAAAUACACGCCGGGCGUGAAACGAGGUCGAGUAUGGGAGCCGCCCGUGAAGAAGGCCGUCGACCCGAAUGAUGACGAUAGCAUUCCGAUCGAGCUGGAUAUCGAGGAAUCUCAAGCCUUGGCGGCGGCCACUACCAAGGAUCUCGUCGAUUUAGCUUCGAUUCUGGGUCUCCAUUGCACCUGGGCGACGUUCGAGAAAGUCGUGAAAGCCGAAAUGCCGCUGCCGGUCGCAAACCUCCCAGAUAAUGCCACCAAUCCGGAGAAGACGGCUCAGAAGGUUUUCAACGAUGAUGACGACAUGGUCGAGCUCAACUGGAACAAUAUCAAACACAUAAAACGAGACGUUUUUCGAAAUUUAUUCGACGGCCUGAGACGGAAUACGAAUCUGAAGGCUUUGUCUCUGGCGAACACCAAUCUCACGGAUUCGACUGCCGAAUAUCUUCUUGAAGCCAUCCGUCAGAACAGGAACCUGAAGAUCCUCAACGUGGAAUCAAAUUACCUAUCUGGGAACAUGAUUAGGAACUUGUUUGAAGCAGUCAAUGUAAAUCAGAGUGUCACGGAACUGCGCACCGCGAAUCAACGGCCGUCGGUCCUCGGGAACAAAGUAGAGAUGGACAUUGCUCGAUUAGUAGAAGCCAACGGAUCAUUGCUAUCGGUGGGAAUCCACCUAGACUUCGCCGAUGCGCGGAGUCGGGUAGCUGUACAUCUCGAGAAGAACCUCGACAAAGUGAGGAAAAUCCGCACAGGGAAAAACUGAAAACCCACCGCCUGCUCCACUCACCGAGAGGAGCUCGAAGUCGCUAUCGUUCCGCGGCGUACAAGAAGAGCUCUGCCGGCAGAUAUCGACGACGUCAUUCCCGUUUCCGAAACGCCACAACGACGAUUGAGCGUGAUUCCCGCUUGAUUGGAGGACGACCCGUUUCUUGCUCGACUCACCAGGGUCGCCCGAAAAUAUUCCUGGCGACUGCAUCGACGGCGGGGC